CUUCUUCUGCUCCGGCGAUUCUCGCGCGGCGUGACCUUCAAACGUCAGGAUUAUCGUCCUCCGGGUGCUCUGCUCCGGUGCGUGGCAAGCUCGAUUCCUCGUCGUCGUCGUCGUGGUGGUUUUUUUCCUUUGUUCGGGUGGUUUGGUGCUUCGUGCUUGUUCCGGUGCUUUUUUCAGGGUUUGUUCAGGGUUGUUUCUUUCGGUGUGAUGCUGGAAGGAUGGUGGUGCUAUCUUUGCGACGGGUGCUGGUGGUUGUCCUCAACUUAAUGGGAUCAUGCACCAUCCUGGGAAAAAUCUCCCCGCUCACCAAGCAAUACGCAAUGCAAUCGACGCUGUAUUAUUCCCCGUAUCCAGACACGAAAGUCUGCCGCACAGUACCUGGACUCAGUAAAUCGCAGAUUGAACUCUGCUAUCAGCAACCAGACACGUUCGUUGCAGCCUUGGAAGGGCUCAAAGAGGCCGUCAACGAGUGCCAGUAUCAGUUUCAGGGACACCGAUGGAACUGCUCGUCCUUGGCGACGAAGAGCAAGAAUCCUCACAACAGCGCCAUCUUUCAAAAAGGCUACAAAGAGACCGCUUUCGCCUAUGCAAUAGCUUCGGCAGGGGUGGCCAUAUCGGUGGCGCGCAGCUGCAGCGCAGGGACUUUGAUGAACUGCGGUUGCGAUUCGAAAGCGUACAAAAAAAGAAAACCCAGGGAUCUUACCGGCAAGCCCAGUAAAUCGUCUUGGAAAUGGGAUGGUUGCUCCCACAAUCUGAAAUAUGGGGUCAGGUUUUCAAAGAUGUUUUUGGAUUCCAGAGAGACUGCUGAGGAUAUACAUUCCAGAAUUAAUUUGCACAAUAAUCAAGUUGGAAGAAUGGCCGUUUCAAAAAACAUGCAAACCAAAUGCAAAUGCCAUGGAAUGUCGGGGAGUUGUGAGUUAAAGACUUGCUGGAGGGCCGCUCCAGAUUUCAGAUUUAUCGGAAAAACCCUAAAGGACCGUUUUCGAUCUGCCAUACUGGUUGAUCAGACUAAUUUAGGAAACAAGAGCUUAAGAAAACUCAACGUGAUAAAUCAAAGAAAGCGUCGAAAACAAAAAAACAAGCAACAAAAACCGUGGCGCAACAAAAACAAAAGAGAUCUGUCCUACGAUCUGCUCUACUACCAAAAAUCCCCGACUUUCUGCGACAGAGACCAAAGUUUGGACGUGCCGGGAACCGCGGGCCGGUCCUGCAACAUAACCAGCACAGGACCGGACGGAUGUUCGGCUCUCUGCUGCGGAAGGGGCUACAAUUUAAUAAAGCAAAGGAAAGUCGAGAUGUGUAACUGCAAAUUUCAUUGGUGUUGCCAAGUCAAAUGUGAUACUUGCAACGUGGAGAAGUGGAUAAGCGUUUGUAAAUAGAAUGGAACAAAGACUUUUUAGUAUUUGUAGCACCCAAACUGAG